AUGGAGCAAGAACGUCUAUUUUCAUAUUUGAAUGAUUCUGAUUUACCUAAUGGACUUGAACAAAAGAAUAUUAUUAUUCAAAGAGAUCAUUAUGGAUACGGUCUAACAAUUUCUAGCGAUAAUCCUGUUUUUGUAUUAAGCGUACGAGAAGGUGGUGCUGCUCAUCGAGCUGGUGUUAGUACGAAUGAUCAAAUUAUAAAAGUCAAUGGCACGCGUGUAACGCAUUGUACACAUAUUGAUGUAGUCAAUCUCAUUAAAUAUAAUUUAAAAACAAUGUCUACUUCUAUACCAGUACGUAUACCAGCUGGUAAGCUAGGUACACUCCGUGUAGAUCGAACGGUUGAUGUUUAUCGGACUUCAAUGAUAAAUAAUGCAACAAUAUCGCAUGUAAAAUUAUUUAUUCCAAAAUUACAACUGCAAUGCCAAUCAACAGAAAUACUAACACCAUUUACUAUUACAAAUUCCAUUGGAGAAUCCAGACGUGUUAGAAUAACUAGAGCAAAAAAUCCAAAUGAUCCUUAUGAUGAUGAUCUAUCUGAUAUAGCUGUAAUUUAUUCACUUGUUCGACGGUCAUCAAUUCGUCGAACGUCAUCACCUAGAUUAUCUGUUUUACCACUAACAACAAAUUUUAGUAUUUAUCAACCUUGUACAGCUAAAAGUUAUAUAUUAGAACAGCCAUUAAGUCCUGUCGUGUCUCAUAUAUCAAAACAAGCACAAAUAAAAACAUUAUCAUCAAAACGUUCGACUACUUUUCUUUCUAUCUCUGCGUCAUCUUCUCCUCAAGUAAGCUCAUCAAAUCGUAUUCAAAGUUCAACAUCAUUUACAUCCAGUAAUCGACCAUCAAUUACUAUCAAACCUAGGCCAUACUCAUUUCGAAGUACAGGACGUAGUGCUCUUGAACGACAAAUAUCAAACAUAACAGAACGUGUUACACAAUUACAAGAAACAUUUUUCUCUCGUAUAUCAAAUACUCCUAAUCAACGACGAAAACGUUCAUUGUCAAGUAUUCAUUCAUCAAUAAGAAAUACAAAUAGAAAUGAAUUUAACACAGCAGCAGAUGUGCCUAUAAUUAGACCACGACCGAAAUCAGAAACCUUUGAUGACCGUCAUCGUAUUAAUGCAGCUGGUUCCUAUGCUCAAUUAACGCUUCUUGGACAAUCUAGAACUAAUUCAACAUCACAAACACCAAAAGUAAUUCCAGUUGAUUACCAAAAUGGACGAGUACAAUUUCGUACACAAUCAUCAAAUCCUGAAAGACCUCAUAGUAUGUUUAUUUCAAAUACAUUACAAGCAGCAGUCGAUACAAAAAAGACACGAGAGAGUCAUGACAAAAUUUUUAAACAAUUAGAGAUUACAAGAAAAGAACUUGAUCGUCAACGAUCAAAAGGUCUUAAUCAUAAUCCAGCAAGAAUUUCACAGCUUGAAUCUCAAGUCAAACAAUAUGAACAACAAUUGAACAGAUUAAAACUUUAUGUAGAUUCUAAUGAUUUAUCUACCGAUCUAUCAUUAAAUACAUAUGAUGAUAAUAAUUUUAUUAUUCGACCAAAUACAUUCAUUGAAUCAUCAUCUACCAAUCGAUCGAAUUCGCAAUCUCAUGGCACUAGCGGCCACAAGAAACAGAAUUCAUUGCCUGAAUCAGCAGUAUUACAAGUAAUGACAGGAAAUUUACCUUCGAUUCCUGGCAGUUCACCGUUACAACAUAUUAAACGUAAAUUGCAAACUGGAAAAACUGAGGCUUAUGAUCUUGUUAAGAAUUGGGAUUCACCGAAUACUAUUCCGACGGAUGAAACUUUUAAAUAUCGUGAAUCAUCUGAAAUUGAUGAUGAUUCUUCUCAAACACUUCCAUCAAAUGUACAAGCAAUAUCAUCAUUUGAUGAUAUUCAACAAUCGAUAAAUUCAUCAAAUUGGAUACCAUUGACAAUUUUUCUUAAUUUUCUACUUCAUGAUACAAACAGUGAACCAAAUCAUUUAUUAUUUUACGUACUAACAGAAGAUCUACGUUUAAGAAAAUCUGAUAAUCGUAGUGAAUUGAAUCGAUGGAUAUUUGAAAUUCAUUCGACAUUUACCAUGAAUUCUAGUCCUUUAUGUAUUGGUGUUCCUCAAUCACAAACAGAUGCUAUUAAUCGAGGAUUAGAUAUUCAUCAGCAGGAAACAACCGAAGAUAUUAAAAUGAUUUUUAAUGAUGCAAAAGAUUAUGUAAAAUCGAUAAUAACUGAUAGACAAAUAGUAGAUUUUAAUCAAAAACGAACUCCUAACAUGAAUAGUGAUUUGAAUUUAAAACAAAAUCAUUUCAUUGAAGAAACAUUACGAUCAACAUUCGAAUAUCAUUAUAAAUCAUCAUAUGUCGAUGAUUGGAAUAGUAUGAAAAAUGCUCGAAGUCUUGCAUUAAUAUGCGCAUUAGCAACCUAUUUAAAACGUUGUGAUAUAAGAAAAUGUGGAAACAUUCCAUUGGAAAAGAUUCCGAAAUUUCUCGAUAAAGAACAAAAAGGUUUACUAGCAAAAUUGCAACGAACAACUAUGAAAAAAAUAAAAGAUCAUCAAUUAAAUGAACAUCAAUUUUUAAAUGAAACAUUAUGUCAAGUAUGUUUUAAACCAUUAUGGGGAAUAAAUUAUCAAGGAUAUUUAUGUGGAUAUUGCCAACAAGCAUAUCAUCGUGAAUGUGCAGUAAAUAGUGAAAAAUGUUCAAAAGAUCGAGUAAAAUUACGAAAAUCUUCAAACAAUCGAAAUCCAUCAACUACCCCAUAUUAUUUACUGUCAGAGUCGAUUUCAGCUGAUAAUCUUAUGCAAAACUUAUUGGUCACGUCUACUUCAUCACCACAAUGUCGAGGUAUUAUAGGAUGUUCUGUUGUUGGAAGUAGUACUCUAUUUAUUGGACCGUGA